AACCGAACCGGAAGUUAUGUUCCCAGCUCUUUUUAAUCUGAAUCCAGAAUGAGUCUCGUCACGACAGUUCUCUCUCUCUCUCUGUUCCUGAGAAAGUGUGUCUGAGCUCCAGCACUACUGAUCCAACAUCUGUGUGUCUGGAUAAACUUCUGAAUAGACUUUGUGCCCUUUUUUCUGAAGCGUUUACCUCGGACUAUAGGAGCUAGCUUAGCAUGCUAGCUGGAAACACCAGAGCAACACUAGUCAGAGUGAGAGUUUGAUGGAGAGAAACAGUGCGUUUAACGGAGUGUGCAGGAAAAGGUGAUUUAGUCAACAUGAGUACAGUCCAAAUGCUGCUUGCGUUGAAGAAGCAGAGACUCACUGCUGCUGCUGAAGACAUCUUUGUUCUGUUUGAAAAAACGAUGGCAGAGUACGAGGAGGAACUGUGUCGUUCAAAAGAGAAGAACGAGAGACUCCAGAAACUACUGGACUCUGUUGUACAGCCUCAGCUUCGGAUUCGCAAAGCAGACGUCCAGCAGCUGGUGGUGGUUACAGAAGAGGUUCUCCCUGAACGACAGGAGUGGAGCUCCAAUCUGGACCAGGAAGACCCAGAGUCCCCCCCUGACAUUAAACAGGAACAGGAGGAACUCUGGAGCAGUCAGAUGGGAGAGGAGCUUCAAGAGCUGGAGGAGGCUGAUAUCACCAAGUCUGCAUUCACUCCUGUCCCUGUGAAGAGUGAAGAUGAUGAGGAGAAACUUCAGUCCUUACAGCUUCAUCAAAGACAGGCUGAACACAUGGAAACAGGAACUGAUGGAGAGGACUGUCAAGGACCAGAACCAGCCAGGGACUCGGAUCCAGAGAGCAGGUUACAACCAAAGACUGAGCACAACACUGAAGACUCUUCUGAACCAGACACUGAAGACAGUGCUGAUUGCAAGGACACCAGAGAACCUGCGUCAGCCUCAAACUCACUGAUAAAUAGACAGGAAUCUGUCAAGGAUUCAAGAUGUAGUGCUGGAAAGAAACUAUUUGACUGCUCUGUGUGUACGAAAUCUUUUACACGGAGAGAAAGACAUAAGGAACACAUCAGAAUCCACACAGGAGAGAAAAUAUACAGCUGCAGUGUUUGUGACAAAAUAUUUAAAUGGCGUAGUAAUUUAAAAAGCCACAAGUGUGUUGGUCGUCAGUCCUCACCGCUUAAUCAAACUCAAACUGAGGAUAACAGAGAUGCAGAGCCUCCCAUCAGCAGCUCAGCUGAACACAUGGAAACAGAAACCUAUGUAGAGGAAUGUGGAGGACAAGAACCAGUCAGGAACUUGGAACCAGAGAGCAGUUUACAACCAAAGACUGAGGACAACACUCAAGACUCUUCUGAACCUGACACUGAAGACAGUGCUGAUUGGAAGGAGACCAGAGAACCUGCGUCAGGCUCAAACUCACUGAUAAAUAAACAAGAAUCUGUCAGUGAUUCAAGAUGUAGUGCUGGAAAGAAACUAUUUGACUGCUCUCUGUGUCAGAAAUCUUUUACAAGGAGAAAAAACCUUAAGGUACACAUGAGAAUCCACACAGGAGAAAAACCUUUCAGCUGCUCAGUUUGUAAGAAAUCUUUUUCACGGAGUGGAAGUUUAAAGGCACACAUGAGAAUCCACACAGGAGAGAAACCAUUCAGCUGCUCAGUUUGUAAGAAAUCUUUUACAGAGAGUGGAAGUUUAAAGGCACACAUGAGAAUCCACACAGGAGAGAAACCAUUCAGCUGCUCCGUUUGUGACAAAACGUUUAAUUGGCGUAAUCAUUUGAAAACGCAUAAGUGUGUUGGUCUUCAACCCUCACUGCUUCAAUCUCAAUCAAAGUCAAACUGAGGAUAACAGAGUUUUCAGACUCCUGAAGAGUAUUAUAUAGAUUUUUAUUUCUAAAUGUUUUGUAUCAAUGCCUUCCUGUUCAUAAACUGUUUUAAAUAAAUUGUAAUCUGAUUGUA